AUGGAGGCGCCCUUCACAGAGGGGGUGGUGUAUAUUUCCAGAGAAGAGGAAAAAAAUGCAAAGGCCAGGGUCCUUGAAAGAAAUCACCGGCUGGCGUCCUUGGACGAUAUACGUCUUACCGAUCUAGACUCGCAAUAUACGAUAUUCCUUCAAGAGGCUCGCCGUUUACUUGAUGGUUUUGUUAACGAAGUAGAUACAUCCUUCUAUGUUAAUAUUCCUGGUCCUGAAUUGAGAUCUGCCACGCCCAUAACAAUAACCAAUUUUCACAAACGGCUGGUACAUCAGCUUGUCCGUUCAGAGUAUCCUGGACUUGUAUCUAUUGGAAAAUCGAAUUUCAUCCAUGUUAUCCGAUAUAAUCAAAAGAGAGAAGAAAAGAUCCUGGAAGAAAGAUUGAUACAUGUUCGAGAACGUAUAUACAGGCAAAUGGGGUUUCGAUGGGUAGUUGAAGCCAUGAUUGGUGGUGAUUUGUCAAAACUCCCUCCUCGAUCAUUUCUCAGUCCUGAUUGCGAACAUUCUGGCUCUGGUCAAAAUGUCAUUGCAUAUUCGGAUCGCUUGCAAGAAAAGUUGAAGGCUAAGAAGUUGGUCAUGGUUGGUCACAACCUUUUUACUGACCUGGUCAAUUUCUACAGUUGUUUCUUUGGGAAUCUACCAGACACAGUGGAAGAAUUCUUAAGCAUCAUCCACGGCCUAUUUCCCACUGUAGUGGAUACAAAAUAUCUAGCCACCUUUGAUUGUGGUUCUGACUUGCCAUCAUCGACACUUGAAGAGAUUGAUGAGAUGUUCGCCACGAAGGAGAUGCCUGUAAUCACUGUCGAUCCAAAAUAUACAAAAUACAUAGGUCGCAAAGUUCCCCAUGAAGCUGGUUAUGAUAGCCUGGUAACAGCCCGGGUAUUCUUACGGCUAGUAGCUCAUAUCAAUACCCAGGAAGCCGAUGCUCCUUCCAAGGAUUCGUCUUUAAAUGAGAACCAAUCGGUAGACAAAACAAGGCUGCAUUCAAGUAUUCUGCGUCCAUCUCCUGCCAAGUACGCAGAUAAAUUAAUGCUAUCAUCAAUCUCAGAGGAAAUAAAGCGCAAAAAAUCCGAACCAGUGUUAGUGUCAAAAUUGGCUUUUGCCCACAGGACAAUAUAUGAUACACUUGAUCAGUUGAACGAUGACGGAUCGGAUUCAAGUUUUUGUGAAAGUUCUUUUGAAAAUUCGACCACUUUCACGACUUCAGGUGGAGACCGCAUGAUUGAAUUCAAAAUUGAAAAGGGGGAAUUGUUGCCUCGGCUCGAUAAUGAAUUCUGGAAGAUCUAUGGGAAUAAGCUUCGGGUAUUUGGAACUGCGGAGCGAUUCUGUGAGCUAACAGCGUGA